AUGGUCGAAUUAAAGCUGGAAAGAGUCAGCCACCUGACGCAAAAAGAUAUUGAGGGGCUGGACUUUAGCUUCACGAUCGAGGCCGAAGUUGCACGGCCCAUCAGCCAACUGGAGAAUGACUUGCCGUUUCAAACACUCCCGCUGCCAAAGCGUGUCAAAGACUUUGGCUUCGACGAAGACGAACUGCAGGGCGGCGAUGGCGUGAACAAGGCCAUCUUCGUCCUCAGAGCCGAGGAUGGUCGCGUGUACGGAUAUGCUGUCGCGUCCAGAAACUGGAACAGGAUGGUCUCGCUCGACUUCAUCGGGUUGGAUGCCAGCGUGCGAGGCUCCGGCAACGCGCUUCGGCUUCUGGAGGCCGUCAAGACGUGGACGCGCGAGAUCGGCCUCGGCGCGGUUCGUAUUGAGGGCCAGUCGAACAACGUCGCGGCGUGUCGCUUCUACAAGAACGCCGGCCUCGUGUUUGCGGGCUACGACGAGCACCUCUACAGCGCAAUCCCAGAGAGUAGAGGCGAGGUUGCCGUAUUUUUCUACGCGGUGCUGGACUAA